AUGGCCGCAACUUUGGCUCGCAGUCUACGCGCGUGUACUCGCCAAUCAGGAUCGCUGUUGACGCGCACCUUUGCAUCAUCUGCUACCUUUGAAACUCAGCCUAAAUUCUCCGUGGUUGAUCAUCCCGUAACAGCUGACACUAUCAAGCCUGAAGAUUAUUUUGCCAUUGUCAAGCUUGCUGGGACGCAAUAUAAGGUGGUACAGGGGGACAUUGUCAUCACUGAAAAAUUAAAGGAAGCAAAGGUUGGUGAAAUAAUGGACAUUGAUCAAGUACUUCUCUUAGGAAAUGUGAAUCAGACAAUUGUUGGACGGCCACUUGUAGAAGGCGCUAAAGUACGUGCUCGCGUGGAGGAGCAAACACUGGAUGCCAAAAUCGAUGUGUUUAAGAAGAAACGUCGAAAGAAUUACCGCCGUUGGAAUGGAUUUCGUCGUCAGGAAAGGUUAUGCUGCUGUCCCUUUCACAGUUUUAAGUAUCACGAUUACUUGACUGGCCCAGAUAGCUUCACGCUCAAUCUCCAAAGAGUCAGCAGACCCGUACGCUCCUCGAUCACAAUGGCCCACCCGGAGCAUGACCACGUGAAUGACCAUGACCACGAUGAACAUCACGAAGAUGUAGACUCUGAUGACGAGAUCCCGGCACUUGAAGAAGCUCCGGAUGCCGCUGAUGCCGAAAAGGGCAAACACAAUCGCUCGGAAAAGAAAUCGCGCAAAGCCAUGCAGAAGCUUGGCAUGAAGCCUGUGGGUGGCAUUAUUCGUGUCACGAUAAAGAAGAACAAAAAUGUGCUGUUUGUUAUUUCCAAGCCUGACGUCUUCAAGAGCACUGUCAGCGAAACUUAUGUCGUCUUUGGUGAGGCCAAGAUCGAGGAUCUGAACGCUCAAUCUCAGUCCUUAGCUGCUCAACAAUACAAAGCACCUUCUGCUGAGUCUACUGUUGGAACUGCAGCCGCUAUUGAUGAGACCGAAGAGGAUGAUGAGGACGUCGAUGACUCGGAAAUUGAUGCUAAAGACAUUCAACUUGUCAUGAGCCAAGCUGGCGUAAGCAAAAGCAAGGCUGUAGCCGCUCUACGCUCGAAUGACAAUGACAUCGUCAAUGCCAUCAUGGAGCUCACUAUGUAA